AUGGCUUCUUUUUCUCUUCCAAAACUCUGCAAAAUUACUUUGUUUUCUCUGGUUUGGAUCUCUAUGGUUGCGGUUGCUGCUGCUUCACUUCAGUUCAGGGUUGGUGGGAAGAGAGGAUGGACCAAACCAACUGGGAAUGAGUCCGAAACUUACAAUGAAUGGGCCACCAGGAACAGGUUUCAUGUUGGGGAUUCUCUUUAUUUCAAGUACAGCAAUGACUCAGUGCUGGUAGUGAACCAUACAAGCUACACUAAUUGCAGUGAGUCAAAUCCAAUCAUUAAAUUUAAUGAUGGAGACACAGUCUUCCAAUUUGACCGAUAUGGGUUCUUCUACUUCAUCAGUGGGGAGCAUGAUCACUGCAUAGCUGGUCAGAAACUGAUUGUUCGCGUAAUGGUGCAUCCUGCAAUCAGCUCUCCUCAGCCUGCACCCUUACCUUCACCUAAGGAGGAUGGAUCCGAUGAAGGGGAUGAUUGGGGCCCGUUUUGGGGGCCACCACCACAAAAUUCUACCAUCAAGCUGACAGUUGCAUCUUAUUUCAUGACUGCUCUUGGAGGCAUGUUAGUUAUUAUGUAUUUGCUGAUGUAGUAUCUUACCUAGUACAGUUCGUUUGGUUUUAAGUUCUAUGUGAUGAUUGGUUUCAUUUCCCUACCUCCAUGGAUUGUUUUAUCUUAUGUUCUUAAA